AAAAGAUAUAAACAAAACAUUCAUUUUUGAAGACCAUCUAAAGUUCAUACGGCUUAGCGAUAUAAAACAACUUGCAACUGACAGCUGUUAGUGUUGGAUGAGCUUGAAUAUAUUAAUUUGUAAUCUACCAUAGUGACAACUUUUAUUGUGGUCAUUCAUGAAAGCAAGAUCUAAAAAUAUUAUACUCAACAAAAUCCUAGCAUUUAGUAUGACAAUCAAAUAUGGGUUUGGAUUUUGAUGUCAUUGAAUUUUGUAAAAAACUUCGUUUAGAAAGGCCUCCUCCUUAUAAAUGCCCUGUAGAAAAUUGUGACAAAAGUUACAAAUCAAUAUGUGGAAUGCAAUAUCAUCUUGUAAAUUAUGAUCACGAUAAACCAGCACCUCAAACUCCAGUCAUGACGCUGAAAAAAAAGGGUCGUACUAGUAGACCUGCAACUAAAACAUCGGAUUUAACAAAAAGUCCUCCAAAAGAAGUUUUGUCUUACGCUGAAUCUCAAAGAUAUGUACAAUUUGAAAUAGAUGGUAAUAUAGCAAAAAUUGCUUUGGAUGAUCCGAUUAUUAGCAUUGAAAAGGAUUCUGAUUUAUUGAAAGGUAAAUGCAAUGUAGUUGAAAAUCCAGAACCAGUUUUCUCUCUUCCUGAACCCACAUAUCGUCUUGUAACUGAUUAUAAUAUCUGUGAUGCUCCUCCGAGACCAAAUGCUUACAUUAGAUUCAUAGAAAAGUCAACUGAAGAACUUGAUGGUGAGGUGGAGUAUGAUGUAGAUGAGGAGGAUACAGCUUGGCUCUCUUUGAUAAAUGAAAAACGAGCAGCAAAAGGACAAAAUUCUGUGUCUGUAGAUGCUUUGGAACUUCUUAUGGACCGUUUAGAAAAAGAAUCUUAUUUCCAGGCGGCUGCCACAGGUCAAAACACUAUACCUGUUGAUGAUGAUGCAGUUUGUUGUAUAUGUAUGGAUGGUGAAUGCCAGAAUACAAAUGUAAUAUUAUUUUGUGACAUGUGUAAUUUAGCUGUUCAUCAAGAUUGCUAUGGGGUGCCGUAUAUUCCAGAAGGACAGUGGUUGUGCAGAAGAUGCUUGCAGUCGCCGAGUAGACCUGUCAACUGUGUAUUAUGUCCCAACACCGGGGGGGCAUUCAAGCAAACAGAUCGGGGUCAUUGGGCGCAUGUAGUUUGUGCUCUUUGGAUACCAGAAGUUCGAUUUGCAAAUACAGUAUUUCUUGAACCUAUAGAUUCGAUUGAGAGUAUUCCAGCAGCUCGGUGGAAGUUGAGCUGUUAUGUGUGUAAGCAACGUGGUGUUGGAGCCUGUAUUCAAUGUAAUAGAAACAAUUGCUACGCAGCAUUUCAUGUCACCUGUGCUCAACAUGCAGGUCUUUAUAUGCGAAUGGAUCAGGUCAACCGGGAAGGCGAUAGUAUGCCAGUGCUAGUACAAAAAACUGCAUUUUGUGAUGCACAUGCUCCUCCGGGUGCUGUUAAUGAGGUUGUUGAUAGAAGUCAAAAGUCUCGAGAAGAAUCUCGUAACAAAAUGAAACAGGCAAGGCGGCUACUGGCUAAGAAAAGAACUACUGUUCCAGUGAUUUUAAUUCCUACUAUACCUCCGGAAAGAGUACAAGAAAUUGCAAGUCUGGUAACUAUUCAAAAGAAACCACAAUUUAUUCAAAGGCUUAUAGCAUACUGGACACUUAAGAGACACCACAGAAAUGGAGUACCUUUACUAAGGAGGCUACAAAGUCAAGGCAGUGGAAAUAUGAGAAAUAUGGGUGAUGAAGCUCCUGAUACUGCAGAAUUAUGUCGUCAACUGAAGUAUUGGCAAUGCCUCAGACAAGACUUAGAAAGAGCUAGGCUGCUGUGUGAAUUAGUGAGAAAAAGGGAGAAAUUAAAGUCAGCAUUAACAAGAGUUAAAGAAAGAUCUUUGCUUAUUGAGAUUGAUCCAUUGAAUGCAUCAAUGGGAAUUUUACUUCAACAAUUAGAAGCCAAGGACACGAGCAGUAUUUUCUGUGAACCAGUUGAUCCUACAGAAGUUCCAGACUACUCAACUGUUGUCACAUGCCCAAUGGAUUUAAGUACUAUGAGGAUGAAAUUGGAAAAUGGACAAUACCAAAAUUUGGAUGAUUUAGAAGCCGAUUUUAAUUUAAUGAUUGCAAACUGUUUUGCAUACAAUAAUAAAGAUACUGUUUUUUACAAAGCUGGAGUAAAAAUGCGGGAUCAAUGUAUUCCAAUACUUAAAAAUGCAAGGAAAGAAUUAGCAGAUUUAGGCUUGCUAAGUGCUUCCAAUUCUACUCCUAACAUAGAGGAGACAGGCGCUAAAGAAAUUGAUGCAGAAUUUCAAAAAAUUGUGAAUUCUUCAAAAAAUGAUAAAAUAUCUGAAUUGAAGAAUUUAUUGGAAAAGGCAGGACAGUUGCGACAUGGACUAGCACGUGCCAAACGUGUUAAGAGCAUUCGAGCAGAAUUAAAGAUUUUAAAGAAAAAUGCUGUUACAGAUAGUUCUCAAUCAGAUGGGGAUGAAGCAGUUUUAGCCAAGAGUAAAACAUCUCCAGUCAAGGAUACUAGAAAUUCUCCAACAGGCGGAGUAAAUCGCAGAACUGCUGUAUUAUUUACAAAAAAAGCACAGGCUGCACUUCGAAAACCAUUGAAUGGAUUCAAUUCAUCUGGUCGUAAAAAUAAGAAAACACGUAGCAGGAAAGAUUUGUCAAAAAGUGCAAAUAGUACCUUGGAAUCUUCAACCAAUAGCAAUGCUGUAUCACAAAGCUUUCUUGUGUAUCGUGCUAGAAAAGAAGCUGAAGUAUCUGAUAGUGAAUCACAGGAGUCCUUAUCAGAAAGUACCUGCAGUAGCUGCAGUCAUGAGAGUGAUGAUUCCUGUGGUAAUUGUUCUCAUAGUUCAGAGUGGUUUAGUAGCAAUGAUGAAGGUGUCGAGAAUGAGCCAAUUGCAGGUUCGAGUAAGCCUUCUCUGAAGCCAUUGCAAUUAGUUUGGGCUAAAUGUCGAGGUUAUCCUUGGUACCCAGCAUUAAUUAUGGAUCCGGAGACUCCUCGCGGCUUCGUUCACAAGGGUGUUCCGUUACCAUACCCGCCAUCUGAUGUCCUAACAUUACGCGCUAAAAAAAUUCCUGCAGAUGGAGAAUCAGUAUUUCUCGUUUUAUUUUUUGAUGCAAAGCGUACAUGGCAGUGGCUGCCUGCUAGCAAAUUGGAACUUCUAGGAAUCAGCAAAUCACUAGAUCAACAGAAAUUGACAGAAAGUCGAAAACCUGCCGAUAAGAAAGCUGUAAAGAAAGCUUACAAUGAUGCACAAUUAUAUUUAAGUCAAGUUACAGAUGCUCAAGGACCAGACGCAAUUAUGUAAUUGGAUUUUUUAUUUAAUGUUUAUUGUAUAUUUAAUUAUUAUCUGUUUUUAUAUUAUUGACCCAGUACAAAUAAAUAUUAAAUUAC